GGUGCUAGAUCCACCAUCGUCCACGGUCUUGUCUCCGUCUCCAGUUCCAGUGCCGGUGCUAGAUCCACCAUCGUCCACGGUCUUGUCUCCGUCUCCAGAUCCAGCGCCGGUGCUAGAUCCACCACCGCCAACAGUCUUGUCUCCGUCUCUAGUUCCAGUGCCGGUGCUAGAUCCACCAUCGCCAACGGUUUUGUCUCCGUCUCUAGUUCCAGAACUGGAUACACCAGUGGUGUCUUCCUCGGUAAUUCCUCAAAUCCAACCUCGAAUACCUGAACAAAGACCAUCUGAGAUCGAGACGUUAGAUCAGUGUCGCAUGGACAAAACCCCCUUACUUGUUUUCGUAUCUCGAGAAAGCGGUCUCAUACCACUGCAGCUCCCUCCCGAGUACGCAUGCUGUUGCUUGGGUUUAUUUGUCAUAUCUGAUCUGAAUGCAGAUAUCAAAAACACCACUAUAGCUAUUUCUAAAACUCAGAAGUGCGAACGCGUACAAUGGCGCCUUACGUUGGAAUGGGCACCGGGAGGCGAAGAAGGGUUGUUGGUAAACAUCAAUGAGAAAUCGCACCCAUGGUGGAUCGAUUCUGUCGAAAAGGGUGUUGGCUCGGUGAAAAUACCCAGAGACAUGAACAGCCUCUAUUUCAGCUUUCUGCCUUUGGACCUCCUGGCGGGCUUCAAACCUAGCGAGUGUUUUCCAAGGGGCUGGUACUGCAGAGACUGCGGGAUGCUUAAUGCACAGAGGUAUUUUCGACACCAGAUCUGCCAGAGUUCCAAGUGCAAACGUAAACUGGAGCAGGGAAAAGCAACGACCAAUGAUAAUGACUUGAUUUGCCACAUUGAUCCGUUACAAGCGCUUCGAGGACCACAUCAUCGUUUACCCAUACGGGAUCCUCUCGAUUAUGCGCCUUCGUCAGUUGGCAAAAUUGAUACCUCGUGGGACGACAUGAUGCGGAAUUUGACAUAUCAAGUCAACAGCGGUGUGAGAGUACAACAUGUCUUCACCGGAAACCAAGAAAUAUUGCAACAGGAUGCAACGAAACUACUCCUGGACAUACAGAAAGAUGUUAUUCUUUCCCGCAGUGACUUACAUAGCCCUUAUUUUACCUGGUCCACGAAACUCGAUCACGGGCAUAUCUGUUCUGGGGAUCCACCAGGUCAACCUGAAAUACCUAGACUUGUCUUCGACAUCCAGGAUAUCUUGCUUCACUAUAUGCAAACGUAUGGUGAAGUCAACAAUGCCAACAUCAACCAUAUCAUGAUUCAGGCAUGGGUUACUCCGGGCUCGAAACGGGGCGCCGUUUUCAAUGCGAAGAGCCACGUUGUCACCAUCAUUUGUCUAGGUGCCGAAGUUGUCAUGAAUUUAGUACCCAAACGUGGUUUUACGGAGAUCCCCAUUGAAGGCGCGGAAGACCGCAUGGAGAUCGACAGCGAACGGAUCUUAAGUGCGUCGCAGCUUGUGGAUGACGGUUGUUCGGAAACUCUUGCGUCGGGAGCAGUAAUCAACUGCCGCCAAGCUGGUGGCGACCCUAACGUCAUGAAUCAACCUGACCCCCUUGCCUUGGGGGAGGCAUGUGGACCGUCAGGUAAUCUAGGGAAUGCCAAGGCAGCCGGAAAAGGGAAAGGUGCUGGUGGCAAAAAGAGCAAGCAAGCGCCGUUGGAACUUUCCAUGACCCUAGUUCAUGGUGAUGCUAUAAUUCUGGAGGGAGAUGAGUUUGAGUACCAAAUCAAGCGCAGCGGAACUACGAUUCUUCUCAUUGGGUCUUGUGAGUGAUCGGCACGGAUCGGUUGGUGGUUGUCUUGGAAGUUACAGAUUUGAGGUUAAAUAUUGUCAUUAUGCGAUAGUUGCUUGUUCUCGGGUCGUUUAAUACGAGGGAGUGUCCUUCGUCGUGCAUCGUAGUUAGAGCGCUAAAGCAAAUCCGAAAGCAGCAAUCAAAUCUCCCAAACACUCAAACUGGC